AAUUAACCUCACAACAUUGUGACACCCACGAACCCAGUUCAAAACUCUGAAACCAGGCUUUAACCGUGCACCCAAAGACGAACCCGGCUAUUGAAUUCCUAUCCGCCGCCGUUUUAACCCACCCAACCAUGGCCGCCACCGCCGCAGAAGGCCCCUCCGCGGUGCCGCCGUCGGUGGUCUCCGCCGCCGAGGAGGCGCUCGCAGCCGCCGAGGCCGUCGGGGACCACCUCUCCCAGCUGCUCGCGGCGGCUGCCGAGGACCCUGAUGCCGUGGUUGAGCUCCCGCCCCUGCGCCGGGCGCGCGCCUUCCUCGCCGUGGCGCAGGCCGCGACCUCCCUCUUCGCAGUGCGGCUAAAGUGUUCGGGAAUUGACCCUGACGAACACCCUAUCAGAAAGGAGCUUGAGAGGUUAAGCCUGUGGCAGGAGAAGUUAAAUCGAUUUGAGGACUGGGACAAGGCACCACUUCGUCCUACUACUACACUCAAUAAACAAGCAGCGGCAAGAUUCAUUGGACACUCGCUAUCCCAUUUGACAUCUGAUCAGAAGAGGAGCAUGCAGGCAAUCAGUAGGGGAGGAGGAAGAGGCUGGUCUGGGCAGAAGAAAAAGGCAGAGCCCUUGCCAGAGAAGAAGUCUGUUCGUGCUGCUGCAGAAGAGUUCCUUGCAAAGGCUGCUCAGGAACUUAUUGGGCAUAAUGAUAGCAGGGUGAAGGGCCCUGCUAGACUCGUUCCUGAUGAAGACGAGGACUAGAUCAGUAUGUUAGUUUUGUUAAGAUAUCAGCAAAAAUGGAUGCUUGGCAGGUGACAUGCCUGCUUCAGCGGCUGUGAGAAGUGAUAUACAGUUCUGGAUGAUGAAGAUAAAUUUACCUACAGUGUUGUGUUGUAUAUUGGAACAAGGAAUUGAGCAAAGUCUUGCUUGCUUCCUAUGUUUUGGAAGCAAUUGGCCUGAACUGCUGUGUUGUAGUGCUGUUUAUCUGAAUUUCGUUCCAGAAAAUAAAUUGUGACUUAUUUUUGGAGUAACUAUAUGGUUUGUGCUCUACAAUACCGUUAAUAAUGCAACUUUGGGGUA